UAGCGAUUUCGCCCAGCCGUGCGGUGAUCAUCUGCUGCGCUUUCUGUCAAGCUAAUGUAUAGGAACGAGAAGUUUCUUCAGCUUCUGAAGCCGUAACCGGACUGUCGUCUGUUCAAAAGUAAAGCAAAGGAAGUGGAGCUCAUUUCAUGAGUAUAACCAGUCCUUUCGCUACUUUAAUGUCGAUGUGAACAUUGGCUAGCAAGAACAAUGCUUUUUUGGAACAUGAGGUACCGGGGUACAGUUCUACAGAUCAUCUGGCUUUCGUCACUGCUUGUCGUCAGCAGUACUUUGGACAAUGAUCUCGAGGGUGAGGACUUGGCAGCGGAAGAGGAAGAAGAUGAGGAUGAAUUCGGCGGUGGCGAUGCCGGUGGCGGGUUCUGUCCCGACUCGCUGUUCCCAAAGCUCACGCUGCUGCGGCAUGUGACUCCGCGAGGCAAUGCCAGUGCGGGCCGGUUCACCAAGGUCGCGCACGCCUCGAGCCUUACGGACUGCACCAAGGCCUGCUGCGAGCAGGGCGCUUUGUGUAACCUCGUUUUUCUGCACGGCAGUUCAUGCUUCCUUGUACGGUGCCACUCAGCAGCUCUGUGCCAACCUCAGCAUCGGCCAAGCACCAAGUUUGACUCUAGCUUUAUGGUGAUAGUGCGUCCUCCGCAAAAAGGCUCAUCAGAUUCUUCACAUGAAUGGACCACUCAUUCAACGCCAAACUCCGAUGAAGACACAUUAUCUAAAUCGCAUGGUUGGAAAAACAGCAAAGGAAACGGGGACUCAUCCGAAGGAGCGCUGAAUAGCUCAAGUAUAUUGGUCUCCGCCAAUCAAGUGGUGGUGGGGGACACUGGACGCACGUGUGUCUACGGAAUACUGCAGCAGUGUCUUAAGAACGAGGAGUGUGUCACGUCUGGUCAGCGGCGGCGCACGGGCACAUGCCGCUGUCGGCAGGGCUUCAGCCGGGAUCCGGUUUCGGGGUCCUGCACGGAACCCCGGAACACCUCCCUUAGCAACCAGGCUGUUCCCACUGCAUCCCCAUUAUCAUCGUCCACAACAAAAGCAGCAGCUGCCGUCUCGCCAACCACGACGACGCCCUAUCCUCUCAUUGUGUCAGCCGGGGAGAACAAGGAACUUCACCUUCCUGAGAAUGAGGUGGUUCUCUCGGCAUAUGCUCUCCAAGGAGGUGGAGAUGUGAACCAGUUUCGGUAUCAGUGGACACUGGUUUCACACCCCGAUGGCGAGGAGACUGGGGUCAUGCAGGACCAGAACACCCAGGCAUUGAAGCUGUCACACCUGCGGGAGGGACUUUACACAUUCCGUGUUGCAGUGACGGGAAACAACUCCUACGGUGAAGCCACAACCAAUGUGACAGUUCUGCCACCAAAACGCAUCAACAAACCUCCUGUGGCCAUCAUUCAGCCGGACAAUGUUACUGUCAAGCUUCCCAGCAAGGACACUGUCUUGGAUGGCUCAUUCAGCACAGACGACGACAAAAUAGUGCAAUACCACUGGGAACCCGUGACUAUUCCGAUUGGCUACAGUCCCAAGCUGAACGACACUCCAACAGUCCAGCUGAAAGACCUCAUUCCCGGAUUCUACCAGUUUAUGCUCAAGGUGACAGACUCUGAUGGUGUCACAAACACUACCAGUGCAAAUGUGACUGUGCUAAAGGAGAUGGACUACCCGCCAACGGCCAAUGCUGGACCACAGUCUGUUGUCUACAUGCCCAAUAACGAAGUGACGCUGAAUGGCAACCUGAGCACUGACGACAAGGGCAUCAAGAGCUGGGAAUGGACAAAAAGCCCCGACACGGACAAGCACGUUGACAUGGAAGGAACCACCAGCCCAUACCUGCACCUGUCGAACAUGGAAGUGGGCGUGUACAAAUUCCUUCUGAAGGUCACCGACACAGCCGAUCAGACAGCAACAGCCGAGGUGCACGUGUUUGUCAAGCCAGCUUCCAACCAGGCCCCGACGGCGGACGCUGGCAAGGACGUCCGCGUCUCGCUGCCCAUCGAUAAGCCGCUCGUGCUGGACGGCAGCCACAGCUCGGACGACGUGGGCAUCACAUCGUGGCACUGGAGCCAGAUUCAGGGCCCCAAGCCAAGCCUGAUUGAAGCGCCCAACAGUUCAGUGACAAAAGUCUCGAACCUUGGUCCGGGAGAGUAUGUAUACAAGCUGGAGGUCGUGGACGCCAACAAUCUGACCAGCUCAGACAACGUUUCCAUCAUCGUUACCCAGAACAAAAAUGCUCCACCCAAGGCCGAUGCUGGUGGUGACCGUACCGUUUUCCUUCCUGUGGAUGUUGUCUCCCUUAAUGGGUCACGGUCGGCGGACGAUGUGGAGAUCAUUUCGUGGCGUUGGACACGAGAACCUUCGUCGUUGGCAGCGGGGCACAUUUUGGAGAACUCUAGCUUCUCGCCGAUUCUGCGUCUAUCGGAGUUGAUCCCUGGCCGGUACAUGUUCACGCUGACCGUGUCCGAUGCCCAAGGCGCCACAGGGCAAGACACCGCGUCCCUCAUUGUGAAGCCGACACCAAGCCUGGCACAACAGGUGGAACUGCUCUUGGAUGUCGACAUCGAGACGUUCACUCAGGAGCAGCUGGACACGGUGUUGAAGCAGCUUGAAUUGCUGUUGCACGACGGAGAGUCGCUGCGAGUACACCUGGUGGACCUGAACUACCAACAAGACUCUCGAAGGGUCCGAAUCAUCUUUGUGGCGGAGAAGGAAAAUGCCAAGGGCUCUUGGGUGCUGUGUCGGGGUCCCCUCAUGGUUGCUCGACUGAAGCAGAGACUGAGGACGCACAGUGCACUGCUUGACUGGGAUGUCAUCUCGGUGGACACAGUUGUGUGCCAGAACGAGUGCUCUGGGCACGGUACAUGUGACAUGUACAGCAAGCGCUGUGUCUGCGAAGCUUUCUGGAUGGAGGACUUUGUCCGUGCCAGCCUAGGGGACCGUGAGAGCAACUGUGACUGGAGUGUCCUGUAUGUCAUCAUCAUUGCCUUCCUGCUGCUCAGCGUCCUGUCCACAUCCCUGUGGGGCCUGGCCUGCUUCUGUUCAAGGAUGCAAUUCCGGCGGCCAAGAAUCAAGAGGAAUUACACACUGCUAAAGGAUUCCCGUGACAUUGAGAAGGACAGUCUGGACCUCAUACCCAAAGGCAAGACAUUGACAACAAGCUUGAUGGCUUCGGAUUCGGAUUCGGACACGCUUUUCGAGACACGCCCCCGACCAUCAGUGGCUGUGAAGCCGCUGACUGGCAACCACCGCACAGGGAUGUCCAAUGGAGGUUUGAAAAACAGGGUGCAUACCUGAGGGCAGCACCUGACCACUACUGGGGACUCCCCAUCUGACAUUUUUGGAGGGAGGAGCCAAUCCAAUCCAUCCCACCCAUUCCAGCCAAGGUGCUUGCUGGUGUGGCUCAAUGGCUGCCCAUGUGGAAAGUCGGCCUCUCUCGAAACAGUAGAGCAAAGAAUGGGGCUAGUUUGUACAAAAUACGACCAGUUGUGUUGAGUAGAAUGUAAAAAACACUAUGACGAAUGUUUGUAUGUGAACGAGUCAACCAAGAGGUGCCACAAAAGCCUGCUCCUUUGGUUCGUGCAUAGUCGUGUGUGUUUUGUAUUACAUUGUAUUUUGUUUAGUUCGGCUAUUAUGGUAGCAGGCCCUCUUGAUUAUUCAACACGUGACUACAUAGGCGUUGGUGGAAGGGGGCAAUUGCACAGCCAUUCACCUGCAACUGGCACUUCGCUUUCAUGACACCAUUGGUGACAAAUCGGACACUAAUGACUCAUUAUAUCGAAGUAAUAGUGAAGCAAAAACAUUGGCACGUUCGACACUUGUUAGAAGAGUAUACAUGAUUUAGAGCAAAUAAAUUGUCUGUUGGGCUCAUGCCAAAACGAAAGGAAAUGUUAGAAUUAAUUGUGCAGCAACCGUCGAUGAUGUUUGUCAAUGUAAGUGGGUUUGCUGAAUGCUUCAAGAAAGCUAUUCGUCUUAUUAAAGGAAUGGUGCUGUUGAUGGCGUAUUUUUGUUGCACUGAGGAUAUUUAGGCAGCGUUUGUUAUUUUGUUCCGUAAUUCCACAAAGAACAGAAACAGCACAUCUCUAGCCGUAGUAUAGGUGGACAGCACGUGUGUCUCAAGGAGCUGUAGUAGUUGAUGUUCAGCAGUGAACGCACCCUGCAACUUAAUCACGCAAAUGCAUGCACCAUACGUGUUUGUGCCUUUGUAGAAGUGGUGAAAGUCCAACCUGUCCACCGACCACAAAAACAGGCGAAGGAGCCAAAGAAAGUUAUUCACUUUAAAGAAAAUUUAGUUCUUCUAUAUAAGCAUGUAGCAUUCUUGCCUCCUCUUUACCUUCUUCUCUGAGUUAUGUUAACUAUGUUGGGAGGAAUUCAUGCACAUCUGUGGGUUUUAAAUGCCUUGUUUUCAGGGUCAGGCAGUAUGGAAGACGCAUGUAUCUUAGAUACUAUCUUAGAUAUUCUUUGGGUAUCUUGUACCAGUAUCAUGAUACAUCUGGGAAGACGUGUAUCAGUAUCUGUAUUUCCAGUACAUGAAGGAAUGUAUCAGGUGUCUUAGAUACAAGAUACUGCUAUCGCAACAUCGUCAUGCGAAACUACACAUUGGCUGGACUCAGCCUUCAAAGCUGAUACUGCUGCCAUUAAGCCAGCUGAAUAAAACUAAAGGCAGCGACAUCCUUUUAUCUUUCCGCCAGAGCCCUCCUGCGAGGGCAGAUGAUGAGGUAUGUGCAUGCCUAUUGGUAGAGCAGAGUCGCGUGGUGGCGCUCGUGCCAUCUCAACAAACGGUAAUACGUUUACGGUACCAGGUAAAAUUCCACAGUGGUAUUUGCGCCAUCGUGCAGAGGCUUCUUUUUAACAUUCUCGUAAUUAGAUGGCGACCCACUAGCUGGCUGGAAAGCAGAGCAACGACUACCAUCAAUUGCAAAAGUGACAAGCAAAAAUAGCUGAUGUCGCAGCAUAUAAAGAGCUUUCAUGUUGUUAAGCAGCUAAGGCAACCCCAAUAAAUUGUUUCGCAAAGAAAAUAUUAUACCUUGAGCAAAAAAGACAAAAUUGUUUAUAUACUAACAGACAUUUCAUUAAAAUGAUACGAGGUCAGUCUUAGUUAAAGGAUUUCUAAGGCAAACAUUUUCGUUCAUACUCAUUUGCUGCUGCAUUAAGUAGAUCUGUAAUAAGAAAUUUGCGAAUGUAUCAAGGUAUCUUUAGAUACAAAUGGGAAGUAUCGUAUCAGGUACAAUAAUCGGCAGUAGUAUCUUAUAUCUGUAUCUCAAAUACUUGUUGCCCAAGUAUCUUUUAUCGUAUCUUGAUACAAGUGCAAAGUAUCUUUGCCCAGCCCUGCGUGUUUUUGCCUGCUUGUGAAAUCACAGCACAGAGCCUUGGCACAUAAAGCGCACAAACAGAAAUAGGGUUUGCCGAAACGCAGAUGAACUCGAACUUUCUUCUCUGGCACGUAACCACUGUACUGUAUACAAAGGACCCCCGUACUAGGUUUGGUCAUUGCAAAUAGACAAGUGCCGCGCGCAGAUGACAUGCUGGCGAUCAUGCCUGCAAAGUAGCAGACUGUCGCACGGAAUGAAAAUAUCUGAAAUUUUAAACAAAAGCCUGCAUGCCCGUCCUCACGAGGGAGCUUUGCUUCCUGUUGAAGAAUCAAGGCUGCACGCGUAGUCAAGGUCAAUGCAUUCGCAGCAGGAAAAAUGCACCUUGAAGGGUUUUUUAGUACUUGCACCUGUUCUCUUUUUCUCGAGUGUGAAAGUAGUUGCGAGUGAAUAGUUGUGCUUAUUUAUUAUGAUAGUAAUUAAUAUUUUCUUUUGCCUUUUGAACUUUGCGCUCUCACAGCUCUUAGUGAUUGCACUAGUUUGUGCUGCCUCACCUCUGUCACUAUACAUUCGAUGUGUUCAUGUGUAUUGUGUAAUGCUGACGUGUGAAAAUGGGGUCACAGAUAAAAUGCUCUUCUUUACACUUAAAUUAGCCACAUUAUACUUGGCAAAUUUAUGUGAAGCGCAUAACUACCUAUAGAGUCGAAUGUCAUCAUAACGAAGUCUCAGAUGACGUGAAAAUGCCUUCGUUAUAUUUGAUGGUCAUUAUAAGCAUAUGUUCAUGACACGCUGGCAUUGGCUAGAAACAGGUUCAUUUCAUGAUGCCAGAUAAUUUGUUAUAUGCACGGACCCAGUCAAGCCUUCUUAGACUUUUUGUCGGUGCUCCAAACAUCUGAUGGAUGUUGAACAAAGCGCAAUUGAAAAUUGAAUUGAACAUUCGUGUUUACUAUAUUGAGGUUCGGCUGUAACAUGAUUUCUUUGAAUGCUGUUUUCAUUCCUUUCAUUGCCUUACGACAGAGCACAGAAUCAAUAUCAAACCCCCUCUAGGCUGUGUUUGCAUGUUUGGUUGCGUUGAACCAUUUAAGCCUUGCCUAUGGGCUUGAGUUCUACAGCAGCCCUAGCAGGAUGUCAUCCCACAAUGCCCGGUCGUGCACUGAAUUCGUUGCAAGCUGCUGCUUUAGCUAACCUCUUGGCUGAAAGGUUGUGUGCAGUGUGCCAGGGACAGGUGCACCUCAGAAGCUAGUCCAAUUUGCCAGCAGUGUGGCAUGCAGAGGCCACUUGCAACUGCAAAACUCGUGUGAUAAAGUACCACCUCAGAUCAUGCCAGUUGUUCCUGUGCGUAGAAUGGUGUGACUAGUUCGUAGCCACGUGUCUGUGUAACUGAGCGCGAGUUGUGAAACAUUUAGUAUAGCGGUGUCUUUUUAAAAAUUUUGAUCUUUCUGCCUGCCUUGGCACAGUGGGAGAAAGCAUCUGCAUAAAAAGAAGUCCUUUUUUGUGUGUGUGUGCAUGUGUGCUGAAAGUUUUUAAGAUGGUGGAAUAUGUGUGUAGUCAUGUUGUUUAAUAUGUGUUGUGUACAGCAUCUGCUUGGUGUGCAGCUGUCAAGCUUGUUUUGUUUUUUGCACUUGUUUUGCUCUUCUAGCCAGAUUUCGUAAGGAUCUUUUGUGCGUGUGCACGCAUGUGAUCAAUGAUUGAGACACUAGUUUAUUGUGAGUUGCAUGCUGUGUCUAUAGAAAUGAUGCACGGUGUGUGGGAUGCCACAAAUUUGCUGUAUUACUGUGCUAGGUGUUCUGUAUGUUUCAGUGUCCUCUCCUUUUUUUCACCUUUUUCUUUUACAACGGCAACACACUGCAGCAUUUGGUUGAGACCCUUUCGUAGCACAGCAAGCUGCUUGCCAUUCGUUGUUUUUUUAGGUGACAGUUUUGCAUGUUAGUCACUGCCUGCAUCCUUACUACAGACAACUAAUUUAGUGAACAACUUUUUGGGCAAGGCAAUAUUGUUUGGAUGUGCUUGAACAAUACUGUGCUCAAGCUAUGCCUGGUCAGUGUACUACUAGAGCUGUAGGUGUUUCAUUGCUGUGAGUCUUCAGCAGCAUUUGUAUAGUUCGUGCAUUCUAAAUGCUCACACGUUUCUUGCCUGUGCCGAGUUCUGUGCAAUGUAACAUUGUUAAUAUGGAUGUGCCUUUAAUUGGAACGACCUUCAGUUUGCAGCACUCAGGCUUGUUUAGAAGAUGGACUUGCUUGGCAUCUCUGUACACAUGAUUUCCCAAUAAUUCAGUACUCUAUGACGAUUCUCAGGUUUGCUACCCAUAUCUUAAGGUAUUCCAGCUAAUGCUGUCAUGUCACAAUGUAGAUAUAUGUUUAAUGAACACACUGGCUGGAACAAAUGUUUUGAACAAAGUAACAAGCUAUGGCCCAUUUUAUAUGCACUUUGGCAGCAGCGAGCCUGUGGCCCUCAAGAAACUUGCAGUCCCAUAUCCUAUCAGUCUAUUAUAUCGAAAAUUUAACAAAAGUAACUGUGUUUUCAAGUUAGCUCAGUGUAGAAGAUGCCCUUUAUACAUUUUCGAACAAGAGAAACUCUUAUCAUGUCACAAAUGCAGAUAUCCAUAAAUUUUCGUGUAUUGUGCUGCAAAUUUGAUUUGUAUAUUUGCGAUUAUCUGCAGAUAAAAAUGUCAAAAUCUGCGGUGAUUCUGCUUUGCGGCGCAACUGUGGCUCCCCAUUGUCUGUCUUGCCCGCUCCAUAUCUGUGGUGAAAAAUCGGAAGCUUGCCAGUGCCUGUGCUUGUAAACAGCAACAUCCCUGAAACUGUGGUAGUAAAUGGAUACCAUAGUAUGGGUUGUUGCUCUUGUAAUAACUCUUGUCAUAAAAUUUUAAGAGGUUCGACACCCUAUUGUAACACAUAGGCAGAGAAAUGCUCUAAUGCAAGUGACUUGCAUUAAUGUUGAAGUUCCCGUGGCUCUUUUUAAAGAGACAUUGGCAAAAAAUAGAAUGGCUGGAAUGGGCAGUGUCCUGUACUGUUAAGACUUCUUUACUGGUCUCCUCGGUCGUCCGAGCCAUUCUCAAUCAACACAUACACUCACUUCUCCAUGCCUUAAGCAACACAUAAUUGCAUAACAAAUCUGAAUGUCUGGAUGUUGUUUCUAAUAAGAAAGCACUUUGAAAUAUAAUUGUGUUUUCUUCUUUCCCUUUCUUUUCUGGUUCUCCAGUCAGUAAAGUAAAUGGCUCUGAUGCUAGUGUUUCUGAAUUUUGAUAGCAUUUCCCUUGCCUCCUGUACAACACUGCCUUGAUAAAAUUUAAGUAAAUUGUUGUUAGAGAUGCUAAAGGGCAAAUGCCAUUUGUGCGGUGCCUAUAGUCUGGUCGCAGUGCGUUUAAUGCUGACUUGGCAGGCCAUUUUACUCAUAUGGGUGUCUGUCCGAGCUGUGCAUUUUAAUUUGAAUCUGCCUUUUGUUGCUGUUACGCUGCUGUGUUCUGGCUGUUUUAGACAUUUUGGCUUCGUAAGCAUUGCUAACUGGGGAAGCAUUUCUGUAAUAAGCAGCCUUCAUUCCUCAAGGGAAGCAUUUAAACCACAAUAAGCAGUAAGCUGAGGCAACAGUUUUACAAAGGUUUGUUAUGCUUGUGUGAUGACUGUGAAUUAUCAUGCGAGUCAAUAUUUAUAUAGUUCAGCUGCGCCUUUUAUGCAAGUGCUUUGUUAAUAUUAAAGUGGUUAACAGUGACUUUUUGAACUUUUCGAUCAAAAUAAGGAUGAUUAGUCUGAAACAAGUUAAUGUUCUAUUUCAGCUUUAACAGCCCCUGUGUCCAUCCUGUGUAUAUUUAUUAAGUUUUGUCGGUCCACAAGCUGUUGGCAGGACAGAUUAUGGAUCAGAUAUCAGGCAUGUCGUUUCACAAGCAAGUUUAUCUAUUGAGCAAAUUAGCGUCUGACCUACCAAGGUCACACAUGGACAUUGUAUUAAAAAAUGUUCAUAGUACAGUUUCAUAGUUAUUUAACCAGUUUUGCUUUUAUUAAGGUAAAUAAAUAUACAAUAUGAGUUUAUUUAUUUCAGUAGUAGUCCUUCCUUAUUGUGAAUUUUAUUCAGCUGCUUGCUCAGAGUCUCAGUGUACUGUGAUUUGUUUAUUUGUGCCUACUGUGCGGACAAACCUUGUUGUAAGAUUUGGAAUGCUUUACCAGAAAUGCAACAAAGGCUUGGGAAGCUGAACAACAAAAGUGUCAAAAGUGGUGCUCUUUACAGUAAUCGUGACCACAUGCUUGAUUUGCACUGUGUGCGGUUUUCAGCAUAAUCGACAUUGACAUAUACACUUCUUGUUGACAUAAGUUCUUGUUAAAGACAUUUGGCAACAUGUAAUUGCGGUGUGUUUAUUUCGUGUGUGUGCCAUAGUUGUGCGAUAUCAUAGCAUUGUGAUAUCUGUCAAAGUUGUGUGCUCUCUUUUUUUCUAGUGAGAGGUUGCAUGUACGCAUGAGUGAAGAAAAUAUGUGUGUGUGCUUGAGAAACUCUAGUCGUAGGGGCUUUUGUACUUGGGAGGGGAAAAAAGAGAAAUAAAUGGAGUGUCUCAUGAAA